UUCACCGCGUUUGUUUGUGUAAUGUGGGACCCACAGAAAAAAAAAAUAAAAAAGAAAUAAUACAAAAAUUUUGGGGAAAUCUGAAUCCUGACUAAGGCGAUCACCCCCAAAAUUUCAAUAUCAAUUCCACUUUAGAAGAAGUAGUAGUAGUAAGGAAUAAAUUAGUUAAAUAUUUGUAAUUUGUUAAAUACUAAUAAUAAUAAUAUUAAAAAAAAGUGGAAAGUAAAAUCAAAUCUGGCGAAUAUAGUAGGAUUAAGAGCAAGGUCGUCACUAAAACAAGACCUGACGGAAGACGACGAUUACGAGGAUUCACGUCCGUGGCGUCGCAGGUUACUGUCUGCAAUGAAGUUUACAUGGUCUUCUGCUCUUCGGACGUUUAUAUUCCUUUUACUUGUUGCUGCUUUUGUCUUUGCUUGUUUUUCUCUGCCUGUUGAUAAGAUUCUGAAGAACUUUUUGGUGUGGGUUAAGGAGGAUUUGGGUCCUUGGGGUCCAAUUGUUCUUGCCAUUGCAUAUAUCCCUCUUACGGUGUUUGUGGUUCCUGCUUCUGUGCUUACGCUUGGAGGAGGUUAUCUAUUUGGACUGCCAGUAGGAUUUGUUGCUGAUUCAAUCGGAGCGACCCUUGGUGCAACGGCUGCUUUCCUUGUUGGCAAAACCAUAGGAAGGUCUUAUGUCAUUUCUAAGCUAAAGAAAUAUCCCAAGUUCCAGGCCAUUGCUAUUGCAAUACAGAGAUCUGGGUUCAAGAUUGUUUUGCUGCUCCGCUUUGUUCCCUUGCUUCCGUUUAAUGUCCUGAAUUACCUGUUGUCUGUUACUCCUGUUCCCUUGUGGGAGUAUAUGUUGGCCACUUGGCUGGGGAUGAUGCCAAUUACAUUUGUAUUUGUGUAUAUUGGGACAACUCUGAAGGACCUAUCUGAUGUUACACAUGGAUGGCACGAGAUAUCAAAAACUCGGUUGAUGGUUAUGGCUUUUGGGCUUAUUUUAUCAGUGAUCCUGAUCGCUUACAUCAUUAGAGUUGCAAAAGCUUCUCUGGAAAAAGCAUUGGCUGAGAAUGGUGAGAUAGAUGGCCUCGACUUGGAGUCACCCGGGCUGCCUGUUUCUAUAGAUUCAGCACUCAGUCUCCAUAGACCUCUGAUAGCUAGAGUGGACAACACGGCAGAUGAUCUUGUUUAAAUCACUGCAUGUCUCAUGUAAAUUCUUACCCCACCUAUACGGAGAAAAAGAAUGCCCAACCUUAUUAUAAACAAGAAGUUGACAGAAAUGAAAGAGCUCCUUUCUUUUGUUAUUUCCCUCCUAACGUUUUUUAGAUUAGUAGCUGACCAGUCUUUUGCUUUGGAUCGGCAAUGGGGAUUCAGAUUCAAAACUAACGUCAGUAGGCUAGUACACCCAAUUUGUUUUGUACUCUAUAAAUGAAGAAUAUCUAUGUAAUUUAUGACCAGUGCUCUUCUUAAGUAAUUAAUCAUUUUCGUUUCAUAA